AUGGAAUCAGAGGAAGAGAAUGGCUUCACGCUGCUGGCCAAGGAACAGCAGCGUCUGCUGGGCUUGGCAGUUGCGCAGCACGCAGUGUUGGAGGAAGCUAUCCAGGAGGCCUUCCAGCGCCUGUCGGUUCCCGGCACUUGUGGCGACGCCCAAGCUGCUUCGGACCAGUUGCAGACACCUCUUGCGGCAGGGAUCAAGCUCGCGGUGACCUCUUCGCGUCAGCCGUCCUCGGUGCAGCUCCGUGCUCCCGAAGCACUACCGGAGGAGGCUCCGGAAAAGCUGGAGGUUUUCCAGCGCUCCCCUUCGAUCUCCGAGGGCUCCGAGGUUUCGGAGGAGUUUGUGCCGCCGGUCUCCGUGGGCCGAGUCUCGACCAACUCUGCGCCUGGCAUGGGAAGCACCAACGUCCGCGCAGCCGCUGCCUUUGCCAUCUCCGAGACUCCUCAGACCUGGUGCGACCAGAUCCGAGGUCGGAUAGUCACACUACUCGACUACCUCGUGGGGCCCCUCGUGUUUCUGAACUCCCUGGUGCUGCUCCUUGAGCUUCAGAUCGAGGGCGGCAUAGCAGGCGCCAGCAUCGGCAUGGAUCCGGCGCCGACAUGGUCGGACUGGGCACCGGCUCUCCGAACCACCGAUAGCGUCUUCGUUUUCGUCUUUGCCGUGGAGCUUAUCAUCCGAGUUUUGCUCGAUCGAAGGGGCUUCGUGAGGGACGUGGCCAACUGGUUCGAUGGCUUCAUCGUGGUAGCGGGUCUCGCGAACCUGCUCAUUGCCGCCCCUAUGCUCAGCAGUGGCGGAGACCAGGACCAGUCCCUCAUGCGGCUGGUGCGUGUCAUUAAGUCGCUCCGGUCGCUGCGCAUGCUUAGAAGUUUCAGAUUUGUGCGGGGCCUCCGCUUACUCGUCAUGGCCUGUCAGUGCUUCCUCCCCUCUCUCUGCUGGUCUAUGGUGCUGCUGGGGAUUUUCAUGUCCAUGGGCGGACUGGCCUUGGGCAACCUCUUGAUGGAGUUUGUGAUGGAUGAUGCGGCGAGUCUCGAAGACAG